GCGCGGGGCGGUCCGCUCAGAGUGCGCAUGCGCUUCGCCCGUACAGCUCCUACGCGGUCUGUGGGCGCCUCCGUGUUUGCGCGCGAAGAUGGCUGAGCAGGCACCCAAGUCGGUGCUGUUCGUGUGUCUGGGUAACAUCUGUCGAUCACCCAUUGCUGAGGCAGUUUUCAGGAAACUUGUAACUGAUCAGAACGUCUCAGAUAAGUGGGUCAUUGACAGCAGUGCUGUUUCUGCCUGGAACGUGGGCCGGGCACCAGAUCCAAGAGCUGUGAGCUGCCUAAGAAAUCAUGGCAUCGACACAGCCCACAAAGCAAGACAGGUUACUAAAGAAGAUUUUGUCACAUUCGAUUAUAUGCUGUGUAUGGAUGAGAGCAAUCUGAGAGACUUGACUAGAAAAAGUCAUCAAGUCAAUAACAGCAAAGCUAAAAUUGAACUACUUGGGAGCUACGAUCCUCAGAAACAGCUCAUUAUUGAAGACCCCUAUUACGGGAAUGAGUCCGACUUUGAAACCGUGUACCAGCAGUGUCUGAGGUGCUGCAGGGCCUUCCUGGAGAAGGCCCACUAGUGCGUCCGUCCCUGAGCCCGCUGGUGCCCGGCCCCGCGUCCCAGCCGAGGGUCACGUCCGUAGCUCCAGGCCAGUGCUGGUAUUUGCAUCCACCUGCUGUUUCUUACCUUAAACAUAAUUGUAGAUGGAAAUCAGUGGUUGUGUUUGGCAAAAGAAUAAAUAUCUUUGACUCAGACAGUUUAUGGGGCACAUGAAGUGUUCUUACACCAGUGCGGCCCCCCACUUGGCUCCAGUUGCAGACGAAAUUGUAGAACAACCUAUCCCUCUGUCAGCAUGUGAGCCUAGUAAGUCACCUGCCCUCUUCCUUCCCCGAGUCUGGACGACAUGAGAAGGAGCACCCUGUCCCCGGCACUCCCUUCCAUGGGCGGUAGGGGCCCUCCCUCGGGGCUCAUAGCUGCAUGAGUGUGUUCAUUCACACCGUGUAGGAAAGAGAAAGGUUUAUGGAAUAACAGUCCUUCCUAGUUUCUGUCUAGCUUGUAGCAUAAGGGAGUCGACUUAUUUGUACCAGUUGAGCCAUAAUUAUAUCCAGAAAGAAGGACACUUGUUAGCUGCUUUAUCUGUGUAAGAGUUGGAAAAUUUUAAGUUGGAAUGCUUAAAUAUUGAUGUGGUGACACGUAUUCUUCAGUGUUUAAUUUAUAGGUAACUUCUAUGUCCUUUCAGAUAACUAAUCUAAAACUCAUAUGGCUACAUGUUAGAGAAGACUUCAAAAUAAACUGGGGAAAUUAUUAAAAUACGA